UUUUUUYCCUUUGUUUCCUGCAGGAUAAUGAGUUUGUUUUACUCCUGAAGAAGAAUUUGGAGGAAGUGUUURAGGAGUGCAAAAUGAUCGCCGCGGUCCAGACAAACCCCUGCGGAGUUGAUGACAUGCUGAUGCUCAGACACAGACUUGGCAAACACGACAUCAAAAUUAAGUUUUUCCCCAACCAGGUAAUGCUGUCGUUCCUGAGUAACUCAGCUUAUAGCAACAUGGCUCCUCUGUUUAUCGGCCCCACCGUUCUCUUCGUGAGCAAAGAGCCGAAGGUGAAAGAGAUGUUGUCUGCUCUCAGGGUCAGCCCACAGAUGACACUCUUAGGCGCCUGCAUAGACAACACACUGCUGAGUGCACAGGGCGUGGUCAGAUACUCCAAACUGCCGUCGCUGACCGUCAUCCAGGGCGAGCUGGUSAGCGGGCUGACUAUGCUGACGUCCCGCACAGCCUUCAUGCUGCAGCGCCACCCGGCUCAUCUCUCCGCCCUGCUGCAGCAGUACAUCAAACAGCAGAGCCCGGACGGCGGCGCAGAGGCAACGCCUAAAGCGGAGGAAGCCUCAUAGAUCUUCACAGAAACACCUCUGGACUUUUGCCUUGCAGAUUUACUUCUAGUUAGAAUGAGGAGGAACUGAAACGGCAGCUGUUUGGUACCGGACUUUGGUAUAGCAGUGCUGUUGGGAGCCCAGUYGCGGCUGCGUGAAUGGCUUCAGCCUCACUAUGGAACUUUUGAAAGACAGUGCUUCAAAAAUGUCAAUUUAGCUCUUAAUGUUAGGUUGUUUGUAUGUAAAUAAAAUGAAUAUGCUCAAAAUCAAAA